AUGCGAGAGUUUUUGACGACGCUGGUGUGUUUGGAGCUGAUCUUGGUCGGGUUCGCAUACAUAUUACCAGAUACACGUAAAUGUACAAACAAUGGACGUGAAUAUUUGGUUGGGGAUGAAGUGCACAUCUCCUCACGUGUCACGUGCGUCUGUCUCCUGACGCCAUCUACCGGUGAAAUACACUUAGGUAGUUGUGCAUUUGGUAACAGGUCUCGCCGCCAGGGAUUUCCGACUCCCGCUCCCCCCUCCACCACUGUAAAGCACAGCACCAAGUCCCCACCCCCUUUCACUACCAGGGCGCCACCAGAUCCCAAAAGUACUAAAGGACCUUCACCACCAUCAACACGAGGAACCACACUAGCGCCACCACCCAUCGGAUAG